UGUGUGUGUGUCAGGUUUCUGAUGAAGACUCUGGACUCGUAUGGAGAUGAUUACAGGACAGCACAGCUCACCAUCACACUGGAGGAUGAAGGGAAGGCAGGUUUGGAUUCAGCUGUGGGUGCUGAUGAAGACAGCUCUUCUCCAACGUUUCCUCGUCAGUCAGCAGCUGGACCAAAGAGAAAGAGGCACCGGGUCCCAAAGGACCGAAAGCGAGACGCACAGAUGGAGUCGGAGCAUCCGGUCACGGCACAGGAUUCUUCAGUCCUCGCUGAUCCCAGACCAGACGAGCACACUGAGGAGCAUUAGCAUGCGGGAAAUCACUCAACUCUCUUCCAGGAAUCAAUAAGAUUUUUUUUGUUGCAAAAUUAUGAAUUUUU